UAUUCAAUAGUGACCUGCGCUGGGAAUACCGUUUUCUGGACACUCAUCAAUGUUUAGCUUAUAUAGGCAAGGAACAUCGGGUUUAAUUAAGUAUUCUCUUUUCUGCUGGGUUUUCUUGGCAAACUUAACAAAUCCGAUACGGCCACGUUUCAUACUACCUUCUCUCAAAUCCAGAUUUGUCUGGUUCUAGUUCAACUUGGAUAAUAGCUUUAAAGCACACAAUACAGUUGUCAUUAAGCUUAUAACGUUUUCCUUCUGUGAGCAUUUCUCAUUCUAUGACAACGUUCUCCGGACUUCACCAUUUCAAUAUGCUUUCUAAAUAGCUGCAGAUCUAUAGUCAGUUCUUCCAUAUCACUAAGCUUUAGUUCAGUAAUAAAUCAACGAAACAACUGGUGAUUUUUUUUCACUUGAUCGGUCAAUUUAUAGCAGGAAUUUAUAUUUUUAAAAAAAUAUAUAGCAAAAACCACAGAAAUUAUAACAUUUGUCUGUAUAUUAAUUUGUCUUGUAAAAUUGGUUUUAUGUUUUUUUUUGUCAUUUGCUUCAAUAAAAUAGUUCGAGAAUACUGCGGAUCAGUUGCGAAGAAAACUCUGGGGGCGUGGAACUUGAAUCUAAUAGUACCAGCCACGGGCGCUCCCACAUAUACAUUUGAAGAAGUUCUAACAGAAGACAGGAGUGUUUUUGCCAAUAAUGCACUAUAACGUUGGAUGCUGAUAAACCCCACCCCAGAAGAAGAAAAGUGCGAGUUGUUGAUUGAUAGAUAUCGGUUGAUAUCCAUGUGUUCAGCUGAUCUGCCGUAUGUGAAAGAGAGAGGAGCGGGGCACACUUUCUAAUUGACCUAUCACAAUUGAACUUUUGAGUAUGGUGCCCCAUAUGCUUGUAAUGCAGUCCAACUCAAUGUGCUGGGACGGAUAGAACUGACACAACAUGGAUAACGCCUGUGAAAAUGCCAAAGCAAGAGAAUGGAGCUAUGGUGAUGGAUACAGCCGCCAUAAUAUGGCUCAGUGGCAAAGUGCUCCCCCUGCUGGUGAAAGACAGUACCUCACCCAACAAGAAAGGGAACGCCAGUGGCUGAACCAUGAGAAAGAAGCUGCCAUACGGGCCCACUACAACUCCCUUAGACAAAACUCUCCAAUGGACUUCCGUGGACAUGGGGCACAAGAGACCCAGCCGCCACAUCUGUAUCAUCAGGACCAUCACAGAAUGGCUCAGAGUCAGAACAUAAGGGAUUGGCCAAAUCUCUAUGGACCCCUGAGAGGCCAGGCAUCCCCUAAUGUAACCUUACAUCGCAGUGGAGAGAUAACAGAAACAUGGGCUAAGAAUGAACCCCACUUCCCCAGCUAUGAGUUUUUGCCCACCCUCAUUGUUGAAAAAGGGCACGAGGAUAUAACCCAUCACCAUAAAACUGACUGGGAUUAUAUGGUUGGUCGGAUAGUGAAUCAUAACAAUCUCCAUUACUUGGAAAGCAAAUGGCAGAUGUUAGAUCCCACCUAUUCCAAUGGACAUGCUAGAGGACAUUUUAAUGAACAUUCAAGGGGACAUUCUAAUUCCUAUUCCAGGGUUCAUUCUACUGAAUGCUCAAAGGGAAGUUCUAGGGCUGACUCUAGUGGAUGUUCUAGGGGUGGCUCUAGUGGAUGUUCUAGGGGUGGCUCUAGUGGACGUUCUAGGGGUGGCUCUAGUGGACGUUCUAGGGGUGGCUCUAGUGGAUGUUCUAGGGGUGGCUCGAGUGGACGUUCUAGGAGUGGCUCUAGUGGACGUUCUAGGGGUGGCUCUAGUGGACGUUCUAGGGGUGGCUCUAGUGGAUGUUCUAGGGGUGGCUCUAGUGGAAGUUCUAGCGUCCAUUCCAGCAGGUCUCCCAGGCUGGACUUCCAGGCUAAGCAUGUCAACCCUUUUCAAACUAUGACCAACAGUUCUCCAGACAUUCAGAAUGCCAACAUCACUCCAACUGUUCCUAUGGUCAACAACAAACACAGUGAAACAACAUCAGGACAUACAACAGGUCCUGUGAGAUAUUCUACAUCACUUGUGCAGACCUUUACUACGACUGCACAGCAGUGUGUUUUUACAGAUUUCCCUUCCAUGGGAGGUACAGAAUCUGGUGUUGUUGACCUAAAAGCAGCCCAGGUAACAAGUGCAGACACCCAUGGUAUACUCGGACCUAGUGUUCCUUCCCAAGCCAUAACACAACAUACAGAUCAUCUUCCUGGCAAUGCUGCUCUGGUUUCUCACACACAGACCAUUACCACCCCAGAACAGCAACAUGCUUCCUCUCCUUCUCUCACUGACACCCCUCAGGAAAAACCUCAUAAACAUAAGAUCUCACUCAAGGAAAUACAGCACUGGCCCCAGAGUGUUUUAAGAUCUAAAAAUGGACCUGUAAAUGGGAAUAACUCAACACAAGACCCCUCUCAGUCCCUACAAUUCAGCACAGAGAAGAUGUAUGUUUUACAAGCAGGCAAAGCACAACUACAUCUAAACACCAAAGACUACCAGGCGAGGCCCCCUGAGAGGUUUAGUGAUGAGGACUCCACUAUACGGCUGGAGAGUAAGUCCACCCCCAGGUACAUGACCCUGACGGCAGUCGCCACCGCUCUGCCGCCCCCCGUGGCUAUCGUCCCGCCAAUGGGUCCACAGCAGUCCCCAGAGCCCAUGGAGACAGAGAAUGCAGGCAAUGAGCUGCCAUUUAAGAUUUUACAGACCUGGUCCAUCAACGAAAAACAGGCGGAAAACCUGUGGGAAAGAGCUAAAGAUGAUGCAAGUUCUCUCUCUGUCCUAAAUGAAAUGGUUCAAGUUGAGAGUCUUCUGGAGUGUGAUAAACCUGUAGAUGCAUCUGAAACAAGUUCAAUGGCAUCUACAGGAGAGGACAAUGAUGAGGUCCUUCAGGUCAUCACACAAAUGGACAAGAGAUCACCUUCACCAUUUGUCCACACCAACCCUCAGGCAACUGAUAUCGCAUGCAUCGGUGGUGCCCAGAUAAUCAUGGAAGGUAGCUCUAAUGUUGCAGAUGAGAGCACUCUUGAUUUGUCCACAAUUGCUGAAGUUCAGUUCAAGUUAUGUGCGCUGCAGAGACUGGUUACUUAUCUGGAGAGUGCGACAACAGUCACAGAGGCAAAGGAUGGUUGUCUCGGGGCCAUAUUGGAGUUGUAUUGGGGAGGGGAUACCUCUAACCUGUUAGAAGCUUUAAAAUAUCAAAUGGAUGAGAAAAUCAUGCAGGAUGUGUCUGCCUGGGCCGCAGAGGAUGAGAAGGCUGUGGUUUUCUUUGCAGUCAGUGGUAUAUCACUAGAGGAAGUGCUCGAGAAGUUUCCCAUUCCAGUACAUGUUGACACCUCUUCCCAAGUGGGUUAUAAUUCAUCAUGGUUAAAUGUCAACGAGAAGCUGAAUGACAUUGACAAAGAUUCUGGAAGAGCUUGGUCUCUGUGGUUCAUACCAGAUAAAGCAGAGGACAGUUCCAAAGUGGUUGGGGGUGUCCAGAUGGAUGACACCUUCCACAGCAAGAUGGAGACUGUGGAAUUGCCUGCAGAAGCAACAGACUCAGACCUCACAACAAACACAGACCUCACGAUGGACGUAGACCCCCCAACAAACACAGACCUCCCAACAAACGCAGACUUAGAGACAGAACCCCUUUCCCCAAUGAUUUUGACCGUCCUCACACCAGAGGAUGCUGUGAAACUGCUUGCUGAAACAGAGGCACCAGACACAGACCUCAAAACGGUCGUAGACCUCACAACAGACUCGGACACAGAACCCCUUUCCCCAAUGAAUUUGACCAUCCUGACAUCUGAGGAUGCCAUGAGACUGUUUUGCCAGAUCGAGAAUGGCUCUGACCUCCAAUUUGCGUCCCCUGAAUCCUGCUCUAAAAACAAAGAUAAGACACAGACAAAGCAACUAGAGAAUAUAGAAAGUGGCAGCUUAGAUAAGUCCUGCUACUGUCCUUGUGGUAUUGAAACUGACAAUGGGUUUGAAAUGGGCCUAUGCUCCAGUUGUCAGAGAGAGAAAGGAUUGCAGCAAGAUACAAGAUGCAUGACAAUCGCUCACUGCUUUACCAUGUCAUGUACAAAUGAUCAGGAGACAGAGGUCCCCAAGGACUCUGGGGGGAAGGUGACUGUUGACAGUCAAUGCAGGGACAAGAAGCAGAUACAUUCAACUGAAGAAGAGGGUGAUGACAAUAAAUCCAGUGACAAUAAGACACAGGGUGAAAUGCAGCAAUGGACAGGCGUCAUACCGAUCAUUGACUUUUUUUUCUGGUCAGAUACAAGUGAGGAUUCCGAUCAGGAGACAGAGGAGAGCUAUAAUGAACCACAUGCUCAGAUUGAGGCUCAUGCUUCUAAUGUGAAAAGGACAGAGCCUGAAACUGAUGCCAAAGCACCAUGUGAGUCAGCCCAAGAACGUACGACCCAAAGCAAAGUCAGUCCUGGUUCUGAGGAUAGGGAAAGAUGGCAAGAGAAGGACCAAGACUGCAGGAUGAGUACAUUACCACUUCCCAAGGUUGAAAGCCCCUCUAAGUUAAGAGCUAACAUCAUAGCAGACAACUGGUGUUCACCUAUAGAGGACUGUGGUUCACCUGUAGAAAAGUAUGACGAAGUUGCUGACUUUGUCACUCAAUACAAAACCUGCAAGUCAAAGAAAAAAGUACAUAAAAAAAUGGAAAAGGAGAAGACCCUCCAUCCAACGUCAUCUGACAGGCAAAAGCACAAGAAAAGCCAUGGGAGAGCAGAGAGGGGAAGGACACCAUCCCAAACCACGAAGUGCUCUGGGUUGAAGGCAACUGUGGAUAAUCAAUGCAGGGACAUGAAGCCACAUGCAUCACACAAGUGGAGACAUUCAACUGAGAGUGAUGAAAAUCGAUGUAAAGACAAGAAGAGGGGAUCAUCAACUGUGAAAGAGUGUGAGGGCUGUCAAUCCAGGGACAAGAAGCCACUGAAGAGGAGACAUUCAACUGAGAAAGAGAGAGAGGACAAUCAAAGUAGGGACAAGAUGUCACAGAAGAGGAGAAAUUCAACUGAAACUGACGGCAGGAACUCAACUCAACUCCAUGUGCAGGGAUCCUCAACCACCACCAUUCCUCACAAAAUCUCCAUAAACAUCCCCAAAAAGCCUUCCAUAAACGCCUCACCCUCAAAACAUACUGAAGUCCCCAGAAUGCCAAAGACUAAAGCCCAGAACAAAACUAACAGACACCAUUCCCUUGCAAAUUCAAUGUCUCCUGUUGUCAAAGAGCGGCAGAGGAACAACAUCAAACACAAGCAAAAAAUUAAAUGCCAAAAAGUCAGAUUGAAAAAGCUGUCCUUACCCAAACAUCUUGUCAGGAAAGGUUCUCCACCAAGCCGGGAGAGCGAGGUAGAUUCUCCACCAAGCCGGAAGAGAGAGAAAGGUUCCCCACCAAGGCAGAAGAGGGUGGCGGAUAGAGGAGAGUCCGGGGGUUUAGGGAUAAUGGUCUCUAAGAUUCCUGACUCGUCCAAGAAACUAAAUCCUACGGCAGAGAGUGACUUGACAUCCCAACAGAAAUUGACACAGAUUCCGAAGGUGUUGAAAAAGAAUGAGAAAGGAAGGUUGUCAAAAAGUGAGUGUGAGUACGACUCGCUGCCCCUCAAGCCAAAGCUGCCAAGGAUUCCGAAGCUUCCGAGGACUCCAGAGGUUUCAAAGGAUUGGUGUGAGAGAGAGAACAGAGAAGAGACAUCUCCCAGUGCUUCACCUGAAUCACAAACGCUGAACAAAUCUGCAAGAGUGGCACACAAGCCCAAACCUUUUAUGAAGCCUGCCAGGCCCAAAGGUUAUAGCCCAGGUAGUCAUGCUUGCCCUAAUCCGGCCAGGUUAUCACCGGAACAUGACAACCGCCAUUUUGGGGCAAAAGUCUCUGCGAGGCAGCAGGUGUUCUCAAAUUGGGAGAGCAGCUUUGUCCCGACUCCAAUCCCCCGGACUCGCAGGCGAUCAGGGUGUCCUCCAGAGGAAGUGGAAGGUCAACAGGCCAAUCCCAGGUCCAGCUCGGAGACCAGGAUCAUCCGACCCAUUCUAAAACGUGUCGAUGCUCCACCAAAACCCAAGCGGAACAUCAGCUUUCCUUUGAAUCCAAGGAACGUGCACUACUUCAAGCCCUGUGAAUAUGAAAAUUACAUCAUGUUCAACAGGUCUUACACAGAUCCGGAAGAUGCACAGCACUCUGAUGAUGAAGAGGAAGAUGCUUCUGUGAACUGCCAGAACAAGAAGAAACAGCCCCCUGUUAUGGAAGCGAAGCAGCAAGAUAUAGGGGAGCUGAAGCCUGGACCAAGCGGUUUAUGUGAAAAGCGCUUCAAAAGGAAGUGGGAAAUGCAGGAGCCUGCUGUCAUUUUGAUGAAGGAGAGCAUUGUUCAGGCAAAGCAUUGGACGAAGUCUCUCCAUCGUGAACCUCCAAAAGAAUUCAGACACUCAGCAAAAAUAACUGGAGUUGCUUACAUCAAGUCAGAGAAGCAGAAGAAGAGGCCAAAUGAAAUUGAAGGUUCCUCUCGAAAUUCAAGUCCCCUUCACGGUCACCAUCCAGCGUCCUCUCAGAAUGCAAGUCCCCUUCACGGUAACCAUCCUAUUGACUCUCUGCAUGCAAGUCCCCGUCACGGUCAUCAUUCAGGUUCCUCUCAGAUUGUAAGCCCCCCUCGUGGUCACCAUUCAUCCUCCAGCCAAGGGAAAAUAAUUGAGGCAACGGCUAGGCACCAUGGCUUUCCGGUGGACGAAUGGAACGAGCGGUGGUCAGAAGACAGACGUGAUUCGUAAGCCAAUCAGCCGGCCAUGACAGGAUACACCAGACAGUACAAUAGUUGAUGCAACCUGCAAAGACAAUGACAUCGUGCCUAUGCUGUUUUAAAAAAAACUUGAAACACUACAGACAGUGCCUAAAUUUAGGCUACAUUAUGCAGUUUACUUUUCUACGUGUUUUAAAAUUAAUACAUGUCUUAUUUCUCUCCCUAUAAUAAGGUCGGUUAUCUGCGGUUGAAACAUUCAGAAGUAUGUAUUAUAUUAUUAUUAUAUACUAUGUACAUUGUUACUCUUGACACCUAACAUGCUGACCAAACCGCCCGCUUGCGUGGGUACGCCAUCGCGUGCAGGUUGAUUUUGUUCACCCACACCAGAAGCGAUCAGGACGCGCAGGUUGAAAUAUCAAAACAAACUCUGAUUAGAUUCAUUUGUGGACAGGUCAAAAAGCAUUAAACAUUUAUGGCAAUUUAGAUAGCUAGCUUGCUGUUGCUAGCUAAUUUGUCCUGGUUCAGUGGGGCAAAAAAGUAUUUAGUCAGCCACCAAUUGUGCAAGUUUUCCCACUUAACAAUAUGAGAGAGGCCUGUAAUGUUCAUCAUAGGUACACUUCAACUAUGACAGACAAAAUGAGAAAAAAAAUCCAGGAAAUCACAUUGUAGGAUUUUUAAUGAAUUUAUUUGAAAAUUAUGGUGGAAAAUAAGUCACCUACAAACAAGCAAGAUUUCUGGCUCUCACAGACCUGUAACUUCUUCUUUAAGAGGCUCUGUCCUCCACUCGUUACCUGUAUUAAUGGCACCUGUUUGAACUUGUUAUCAGUAUAAAAUACACCUGUCCACAACCUCAAACAGUCACACUCCAAACUCCACUAUGGCCAAGACCAAAGAGCUGUCAAAGGACACCAGAAACAAAAUUGUAGACCUGCACCAGGCUGGGAAGACUGAAUCUGCAAUAGGUAAGCAGCUUGGUUUGAAGAAAUCAACUGUGGGAACAAUUAUUAGAAAAUGGAAGACAUACAAGACCACUGAUAAUCUCCCUUGAUCUGGGGCUCCACGCAAGAUCUCACCCCGUGGGGUCAAAAUUAUCACAAAAACGGUGAGCAAAAAUCCCAGAACCACACGGGGGGACCUAGUGAAUGACCUGCAGAGAGCUGGGACCAAAGUAACAAAUCCUACCAUCAGUAACACACUACGCCGCCAGGGACUUAAAUCCUGCAGUGCCAGACGUGUCCCCCUGCUUAAGCCAGUACAUGUCCAGGCCCGUCUGAAGUUUGCUAGAGAGCAUUUGGAUGAUCCAGAAGAAGAUUAGGAGAAGGUCAUAUGGUCAGAUGAAACCAAAAUAUAACUUUUUGGUAAAAACUCAACUCGUCGUGUUUGGAGGACAAAGAAUGCUGAGUUGCAUCCAAAGAACACCAUACCUACUGUGAAGCAUGGGGUGGAAACAUCAUGCUUUGGGGCUGUUUUUCUGCAAAGGGACCAGGACGAAUGAUCCCUUUAAAGGAAAUAAUGAAUGGGGCCAUGUACCGUGAGAUUUUGAGUGAAAACCUCCUUCCAUCAGCACGGGCAUUGAAGAUGAAACGUGGCUGGGUCUUUCAGCAUGACAAUGAUCCCAAACACACCGCCCAGGCAACGAAGGAGUGGCUUCGUAAGAAGCGUUUCAAGGUCCUGGAGUGGCCUAGCCAGUCUCAAGAUCUCAACCCUAUAGAAAAUCUUUGGAGGGAGUUGAAAGUCUGUGUUGCCCAGCAACAGCCCCAAAACAUCACUGCUUUAGAGGAGAUCUGCAUGGAGGAAUGGGCCAAAAUACCAGCAACAGUGUGUGAAAACCUUGUGAAGACUUACAGAAAACGUUUUGACCUCUGUUAUAUACCCUUUGUUGGCAAUGACAAAGUAUUGAGAUAAACUUUUGUUAUUGACCAAAUACUUAUUUUCCACCAUAAUUUGCAAAUAAAUUCAUUAAAAAUCAUACAAUGUGAUUUUCUGUAUUUUUUUCUCAUUUUGUCUGUCAUAGUUGAAGUGUACCUAUGAUGAAAAUGACAGGCCUCUCUCAUAUUUUUAAGUGGGAGAACUUGCACAAUUGGUGGCUGACUAAAUACUUUUUUGCCCCACUGUAUAUAAACAUUGGGUUGUUACUUUACCUGAAAUGCACAAGGUCCUCUACUCUGACAAUUAAUCCACAGAUAAAAUGGUAAACCGAAUUUGUUUCUCGUCAUCUCUCCUUAAGGCUUUUUUUUCUUCUUUGGACUUUAUAUGGCGGUUGGCAACCAACAUUACUGCAUUACUACAACCGACCAGAGUGUGGAUAUAAGUUCAUCUUUCAAUACCCCAGGUGGGUAUAUGCUCCUAAAAACCAAUGAGGAGAUGGGAGAGACCGGACUUGCAGCACGUUGAGUGUCGCAAAUAGAACCAAUUUCUAUUUUAGCUCCUGGCCGCGCAGGCGCUCGCUGACGCACAAUGAUUGAUUAACAUGUAUGUUUACAUUUAUUUUGCAACGCUCGCGCAUGCGACGAAAGCAGUGUGGUCAGCAUGUAAGGGUGAUUGGCGUUUGGUUAUCCAUAUUCCUACAGUAUUGUUUGCCUGCAUUGUUAGGGCAUAAUCAUAAUGAUGGUAUUGGAAAUUGUAUUUUGUUUGUUUACAGUAUUUUUUGACUCUACCUAUUGCAGCCAGAACCAAAGCUAAAGGGGAGAAACCAGACGAGUUUAUGUUGUCCCAUACACAAAACAUGUCAAUUGUAACAGGUGUUUUUUAACACUGGUUAUACAUGUAUCAUAUAUGUCUGACAUCAAAUGAUAUUUGAAAGCUGUUGUCAUUUGUUUAAUGUGGUUCCUUGCACUGGGUUUAUAGUUAUCUGUGGCUAUAGAUGAUUUUUGUAGUUAAAUUCAACUGAUGCUGCUGAUGUUUCGGGUUUUGAGGAAUGUGUGUAGUUUACAGGUCACUGGUUUUAUACUACGUCUUAAAGUUGUCAAUCCCAUGUUUUGUUUUUAAUAUUUGUCCGUUUUGAUGCUGUAUUGUUUUAUAUAUACUCCUCUGAUGUUUACUGUAUUGUUAUGGCACUGAACUAAUAUUACUAUAGAAAAUAAGUUGUUGUUACCUAUCCUCUCAGGCUACCCAGCAUCCAAUGAAGGUAAUUGUAGUAUUAUUUACCUUCACCACCAGUCAAAGACUACAUUUGAGACACACACAGUUACACCACCAGAGAGAAGCAAAGUACAAUGUUCCUUUCAUUUCAGUCACUCACUUGUGCAAGGCUUCUUUCUCGGGUUCUCCUAUGUGUUGAGACUUGAAAGACUCACAUAGGUGAAUGGAUCAGAACAGAUAACAGAGGGGAAUCUUCAGUCAUAUUUUCUGUUUCUACACAACACUUAUUGUAUAUUUAUUGGAGAAAGCCAAAGAGAAACUGCUGCCUACAAGGACAAGAGUGGUGGAGGCCUGUUGAGAAUGUACACUACCGGUCAAAAGUUUUAGAAAACCAAAUGAUUCAAGAGUUUUUCUUUAUUUUUUUUACUAUUUUCUACAUUGUAGAAUAAUAGUGAAUACAUCAAAACUAUGAAAUAACACAUGGAAUCAAGUGGUAACCAAAAAAGUGUUAAACAAAUCAAAAUAUUUUUUGAAAUAGUCACCCUUUGCCUUGAUGACAGCUUUGUACACUCUUGGCAUUCUCUCAACCAGCUUCAUGAUGUAGUCACACUUUUUUGGUUACGACACGAUUCCAUGUGUUAUUUCAUAGUUCUGAUGUCUUCACUAUUAUUCCAGUGUACAAAAUAGUAAAAAUAAAGAAAAACCCUUGAAUGAGUAGUUGUUAUAAAACGUUUGACUGGUAGUGUAUAGUUAAGCAAUAAGGCAUGGGAUAUGGUCCAAGUUGUGUCGUACGUAAGAACAGCCCUAAGUCAUGGUAUAUUGGCCAUAUACCACAAAUCCCCGAGAUACCUUAUUGCUAUUAUAAAUUGGUUACUGAUGUAAUUGGGCUCCCGAGUGGCUCAGUGGUCUAAGGCACUGCAUCAUAGCGCUAGAGGUGUCACUACAGACUCUGGUUCGAUUCCAGGCUGUAUCUAAACCGGAAGUGAUUUGGAGUCCCAUAGGGUGGUGCACAAUUGCCGUCAUUGUAAACUGACUUGCCUAGUUAAAUAAAGGUUUUUAAAAAUUAUAAUUUGAGCAGUAAAAAUAAAUGUUUUGUCAUACUGGUGAUAUAUGAUCUGAUAUAUCACGGCUGUCAGCCAAACCACCCAGUUUAUAAUACAAGAUGUAUCUCUUCAGGAGUUGAAAAUUCCUAACCUUACAUACAGUACCUAGCCUGCUAUUUCCCUGAUAUUCCUAUCCCAUGUAACAGACACAAUGGACUUCCUCAGGUUAAUGACUGGUGAGGUGAGGAGAAUGAACAUGAGAGUUUUAGCACUGUGCUGGGAAGGGCCUUUUCCUCCACAGCCCAGCGCCUCUCAUCUGACACCUGCUGAGAUCAAAACACACACAGCUCAUUUACAGCCAUUCAGAGGACAGUGGGAUAUUAUGACCCCUUGUGAGAACCUAUCUUCCUGUCACAUAGUCUGAGGAAUAAGAGGGGAGAACAGGGAGGAGGAUAGAGGAGAAAAGCUAUUAUUACAUUGGCUAACUCCAUAAUUCUCUGUCAUGGAUUGUGUGAACACUGGCUGGAUUUAACCCUCCGAUCCCCCAGGCAAGGUCAGCCAUGUACAGAAUCCUGUAGCCUGGCUCUUCCCAAACUGGGGUAGCAAUGCCGUCCGGGGUAUGCCAUAAAAAAAAAUGUGAGUCACAUUUUCAAACAGUCCAUUUAGACUUUUCAACAGGGCUAUACAUUUGGGUGAUGUUUUUUUCUUGCCUGAGUAGCCUCGUUUCACUACCAAAAAUAAAAUUAAACCAUCUAGUGUUCAGCGAAAUAACCAUUUUCAGCAUUAUGCAAUGAUAUGCGCGGCGACCAUGUAAAGCUUUUACAACAUACAGAAUAAGUGCGCUGGUUAUCAAGGGGGAAAGUAUUGACACGUUUCUUUUUCAAUUGAGAGAUGAGCUUAAAGUUGUCUUUACUGACCAUACUGUUCACCUAUCUGACCGCUUGCACGAUGACGAGUUUCUCACACGACUGGCUUAUCUGGGCGAUGUUUUUUCUCGCCUGAAUGAUCUGAAUCUAGGAUUACAGGGACUCUCCACAACUAUAUUCAAUGUGCGGGACAAAAUUGACGCUAUGGUUAAAUUGGAGUUCUUCUCUGUCUGUAUUAACAAGGACAACACACAGGUAUUUCCAUCAUUGUAUGAUUUUUUGCAAACGAACUCAAGUUUACGGAAAAUGUCAAAUGUGAUAUAGCGAAGCACCUGAGUGAGCUGGAUGCGCAAUUACGCAGGCACAUUCCCGGAACGGACGACACAAACAACUGGAUUUGUUAUCCCUUUGAUGCCCUGCAUCCACUCCACUUACCGAUAUCUGAACAAGAGAGCCUCAUCGAAAUUGCAACAAGCGGUUCUGUGAAAAUGUAAUUUAAUCAGAAGCCACUGCUAAAUUUCUGGAUAGUGCUGCGCUCAGAAGACACUGGUGCCCUUUGCAACCACGUACCUAUGUGAAGGUGGAUUCUCGGCCCUCACUGGCAUGAAAACUAAAUACAGGCACAGACUGUGUGUGGAAAAUGAUUUAAGAUACACUCUCCAAUACAACCCAUCAUUGUAGUUAUGUGCAUCCUUUCAAGCACACCGUUCUCAUUAACCUGUGGUGAGUUAUUCACAAUUUUGGAUGAACAAAUAAGGUUUUAUAUGUAAGAUGGCUAA